GACAAUUACAAACCUAAAAAUCUUACGAAAUGAAUCUGUUUGCGCCAAUUGUAAAUCUAACCACCGAUCUCCCCACCAGCCACGCCAAUGAGAGCAGCUUUUUGCUCUCCAGCAAUUUGUACAACGAAACUUUCAAUAACAGCAGCGCUCUUCUGGAGCAACGUUUUGUCAAUAGUACGGACAUUGGCUACUUCGACAACUAUAUCAAUAGCAGCAGCGAGAAUGCGCUCAACCAACUAAUCAACAAUAUCAGCACCAAUAUAUAUGAUUUCAGUAAACAAUUACUGACCACAGUCAUCAAUGCAAAUGCAAAUGUUAACGCUAUACCCGCCGCCACCAACACAUUGCACAUCCUACCACCGGUGGCACCACCGACAACCAGCGCGCACAAUACCACCAGUUAUGCUAAUAGUUUUGGCAGUGAAAAUGUGGCAAACCACAAUGUGUCAUUUCCUCUGCCUCAAUGGCAGUUUAAUGCCACAAAUCUAUCGUCAACGAUUGCCGUCGAAGGCGCGGGCAGAGCUGAGAGCAGUGUACUCGAUUGGGCUGCAGUAAGCGUGAAGGAUGUGAGUAAAGCUGCUGAUUCUUGGGUGCCAAAUACACAAACCAUUUACAAUAAUUUCGAUGAGGAGGAUUUUGAUGGCAUGGGGCCAUGUCAUCCGGAUAAUCCGAAUUUCAAUUGCACACAGACUGAAUUUGUGAAGUUUUUGCUGGGACCGCAAACAUUGCCGCUAUACAAAGUGCUGUUGAUCACAAUAAUCUUUGGAGGCAUUUUCAUCACCGGCAUGCUGGGUAAUAUUCUGGUUUGUGUUGUUAUUGUACGACAUCCCACCAUGCAUACAGCCACAAAUUAUUAUCUAUUUAGUCUGGCAGUUUCGGAUCUAAUAUAUUUGCUUUUUGGUUUACCUGCGGAAAUAUUUUUAUAUUGGCAUCAAUAUCCCUACCUGUUCGGACUGCCCUUCUGCAAGAUACGUGCGUUCAUUUCAGAAGCUUCGACGUACGUCUCCGUGCUCACCAUCGUCGCCUUCUCCAUGGAACGCUUCCUCGCCAUUUGCCAUCCAUUGCAUUUGUAUGCGAUGAGCGGCUUCAAGCGUGCAGUUCGUAUUAUUGCCGCCCUUUGGAUUAUAAGCUUAAUAAGCGCCAUUCCGUUUGGUCUGUGUACGGACAUAGAGUAUUUGACUUAUCCCCUCACCGACGCAAAAAUACCCGAAUCCGCCUUUUGCAGUAUGGUUGAUUAUCCUGAAAGUUUCCCUUUAUUUGAGCUGUCCUUCUGCGUUUUCUUCGUUAUACCGAUGUUGCUGAUUAUAAUCUUGUAUGGCAAGAUGGGCGCGCAGAUACGUUUCAGCACCACGUUGCAAUUGGGUGUUCAACAAGGCUCUAUGCAUCGUGAAUCUCGACAUCAGCAGUCGCGUAAAGCGGUUAUCCGCAUGUUGGCCGCUGUUGUCGUAACAUUUUUCAUAUGUUGGCUGCCAUUUCAUAUGCAGCGUCUUUGGUUCCUCUAUGCCAAGGAAAACAACAAUUUCCAAGAGAUAAACGAAUGGAUGUUCUCUAUUGCCGGCUUCACCUACUAUGUGUCGUGGUAA